UGUAGGUCAGGAGCCUCUGAGGAGGUGACCGUCACAGAGUGACACAAGAAAGGACCAAAAGUUCAGCAACACUGACUGUAGCGUAGGGCAGUACCGACAGCUCCUGGCCUGUGCUAACCGAGACUGACAAUCAUCACAACCGUGAAAUGAGGUAGCUUGGGUCGGAGUUUCUCUUUCACCUGAAAGCUUCUGCUUUGUUCGUGUUAAUGUUGUGUGAGGGGCGUUUGCAAUUUUCCUCGCGUUGUGCCCAUUCAAGCUGCUAGUAUUCCGGAGGGUUUGCUUGUGUUUCGAAAAACCAUUCACUAACAUUGGCCGCCCACAUGUAUUCGAGGUCAAAUUCUCCUGCGGCCUUGUGAAUUGUCGAGUGUUUGGCCCUCGGCAAUGGCCACAAGAACGCAGCGUCCCAGGACCCCAAUGCAGAGAUGCCAGCAACUGUGCCUCUUUCUUUGCCUUAUCCUGUUGGCUCCGGCUAACAUAAGGACGGCAAAUGGUACUGACUCGGACAAGACCAGUGAGACAGAUGUAGCGAUGGAUGAUGAUCAGGAAUUCUCCAAUUCAACUUGCUCGCAGUUCACCGAUCCGAAUGGUGAUGUCCACUACAAACCCAAAAACCGAUCGAUGGACAGCUUGGGUGUUAUCGUCUGUCACCCCGGUUUUCAGCUGAGUACGUCCGUACAGCGCCGGUGUAUAAUCGUCAAUAAUACCAGACUUGACUGGUCCAGUGAUCAGCAUUGUGUUGCUAUCGAGAACUUCUGCCCAGAGCUGGCAGCCGGGAGGUUCUCCCUCGUUCUCUACACUGGCCAUCGGCGUCUGGGUGGCGAGGCCGUCAUCGUCUGCAAUCACAGCUCUGUGAUAAGUAUACCGUACAAACGACCGCGCUGCAAGUACGACAACGCCAGCCAGACAGCCGUGUGGAGCGACAUACCCAACUGCCAAGCACCGCAGACUGUCAUCCCCACGACGGUCAGUAGUACAAUGCCAACAGGACCGCAAGCAACCGGCACAUCCAGCUUGUCACAGUCCGCCGUCGCAGUUGUCAUCUGCACUUGCCUAAUACUAAUAUGCGUCGGUGCGUUCAUUCUGCACUUGCAUCGCGACGCAGUACUCAGGACGAUGCAGAAAAUCGACACGCAAAACGGUGCGUUUCUCAUCAUCAACGACACCGGGAAGAAAGUCAAGAGCUUCCUGGACAAGAGCUUACCAGCCACUGUUAGUCGACGUUUGCGAAAGGAUGUGGACGUGGACGCGGAAAAUGCUACAGCAGAAGAACAGCAGCAGCAGCAGAAGCAGCAGCAGCAGCAGGACAACACCACUCCACUUGGGAUAAUAAAGAUACGCUCCAAGGCGUCGAUUGACACGGUGCGUAGCUGCGACGUACCUGUCCGAUACCAGCACGGAGGGGGAGGAGGACAAGCGGACAACGGCGGCGGAGGUACGCUAAGACGCAGCUACUCUGACUUGUCGGCGGACAAGCGCGGUGGCCGCGGCCAACAUCACCAGCCGCCUCUGCGCAAGUCGUUGUCGUUCCCGGCGUCACACGCUCAACGAGCGGAGCAGAGUCGGCGCUCGUCGAUAAUCGAGUCGAUGCAUUCGGACGAGGAAGAUCAAGCAAAUCUGUCUCAGCCGUCUGGGCUUUCAGCACAGCAGCAGCCACCGCAGCCUAUUGGGAGCCCGGCUUUUCCCUUCAAAUCAGCAACAUUGCCCAGCGUUCUCUCUCCUGUCUCAUCACCUCUGGCACGAAUUAAGCGCCUAGUGAAGUCGAGCAGUAAGGAAUCCGGUGUAAACCCGUGGUCGGGCGUGUCUACCAUCAUGAGCAAGAAAAUCCCGGAUCUGGCGCUGAAGGGCAUGAGUAUGCGUGGGCGCCUGAGCGUGCCACGCAAACUGAGGAACAGCAGCACCAGCAGCGGCAGGCCUACACUGUCCGAGAACGACAGAGAAAACACCUCGCCACCACCACUGCCUGCUGUCCGCAGCGGCAGUGAAACGUCGCUGGCCGGACGAGUAGCCGUGGCAGGUAAUUCCGGUUGCAACGAAACAUCACUGACCGGACAAGCAGUUAGCAGUAAAUCAGUCUGCAGUGACAUAUCACAGGCAGAGCAAGCAAGGGUGAGCAGGCAAUCAGAAAUCACUACUACGUCUCAUAUUCCAUCAGAAGAUGAACGGGGAUCCUUAGCUGCCAGCGGCGAUACAGAAGACAACAAAUUAAGUGAACAAGAUGAAACGUGUGAGAACGCUAGCAAUGCGGCUGCUUCCGUACAUAGCUUGGCUGACACUCAUCCUGCCGCCACCGCCGCCGCCGCCGCUGGCGAAGAUGACAUUUACCAUAACCCCCUAGAGGAAGAGGUCAGCUUGCAGCCAAAGAAGGUACCUCCGCCACCUCCUAGUUCCACUCCAAGCAUUGCCGAUGGUGGGAGAGCCUCGACCAGCAGCGCUGGUGGCGGUAUAUGCACUGGUGUAGACGGUGAAGAGCCCAAAGGUGACGUGGCCAGCAUCGCUUCCUGCGACUCGCUCUACCUGAGCGCGCAGGAUCCACGCCUGGCUUCUUGCGCUUCGUCGUCGCCAAGCCCCAAGGCCGCCACCGCAGCCUCCACUGCCGGCAGUGGCUUGCACCCUCAGAGUGCUGCUCAGUCUCCCAGGCCUCCCAGCGGCAAGGGCACACCGACGGCGUCCGCUGCAUCGCCAGCGGAGGACGAGGAGGAGGACAUAUACGCGGACUGCGCCGAGCGGAACAUGAACAGCACCGAGUCGUUCACUGACCUGGCGCUGUUGAAGCAGGCAGACCCACCAGCGGCGGCGGAGGCGGCGGCGACGGUGGUGGCGACGACACCAGCACCAGUGGAGGCCCAGGCAGAUGAGAACGUGUACGAGAUGGACGACGAGGUCAGCGACGUAAUACAAAAGGCCAACUUGACGAAAGCCAAGAAAGACAUGAUGAAGCGCACCAGUACUUUAAUACGAGACAGCAAGGCACUGGAUACCGCCGCCACAAAGCUGAAAACACUCGCCCGUCAAAUGACAUUCGGAGAGGGCAGCUCACCCGCUCCGGGCACUCCGGACAAGCCUAGGCAAUUAUCGAUCGACGCCAGUCCCACCAGCGUGACGGCCUCUCCCACAUCUCUACUGCGCAGGAUCAGGGAGUCCACACGCGACAAAACGAAGACCAGGAAGGACAGCCCUAGCCAAGCAGCAGCGGCGUCCACCUACACCGCACGCAAGCUACUGCCCACACCUGACGCCGAGGAGCCACCACCGCUACCGGCAACUCCUGCUGAUCAGAAGAAGCGUGUGUCAGCAGCAUCGCUGAUACAGGAGUCCAGCUCUACGGAUGAGGAAGCGGACGGAGACGACAUGUACGCGGAUCUCGACCAGUUCAAGACGUCUUAGUUAGCGACUCGCUAUUGCCGGCUCCUACAGCAUAUUUGCCAAGCCACGAAUAUCGUGAAACGGCAAACCUACUUCGCACUAGUCCCUUGUGAAUGACUCAUUACUGUAGUACCUUUGCUUGCUUCAUACCACAGCAUGUAAGAAAACUAUCAAGCGCACGAUCAAAUUAGUUGUCUGGAUAUCCACUCUCUGCUGGAGCGUGUCACUAGAGCCAGGGCUGCCUCACUGAUAGCAGCAAUAUCACCCGUCCUGCUCAGUGAAGUGUUCGAGCUACGGUCCGCCCUCCUCUUGCCAGUGCGCGAGUUGUUUUCCGUUGUCUUCGUCCUACCGCAGUGCAUCAGUCUGUGCGCUGUGUGCAGUCCGUUCGGCAUCAAUUAGCUGCUGCCAGCGGAUACGUACAAUCAUGGCUUGCGCUGAUGCAUGACUCCACAGUUCUAACCGAUUGACCAAACUAGUGUUUGGCACACGACUUCACUCCCCUCUCCUCCUUUUCAAUCUCAUGACCGUCAACUUUCCGUUCGUGGUGUGGCAACUGACGUGUUGCACCCCCCCCCCCCCCUCCCCUCCCCCCUCCCCGAUGCUCCUACCAUGUACUAACUGUUGGCAUGAGUAACGGAUCACUGCCCUUCACACAUGCACACUAGUAGUGUCUUCAUCUUCCGGCAUGUCACUAGUAGCAGGCACGGCACACAAUCACGCCCCGAAUAACUCCCUAGGUUCCGUCCUUGAAGCAAGGAGGCAGUAGGAAAGAAUUGCUGGAGAAUGCCUUUCCAGUUUGAUAUAGACGAAAGACUAGAACAUUGCCUAUUCUACAUGUUCUGCGUGUACACAAAUUUCCCCACUUUCUGAUUCUGAAAUUAUCCCAUCUAUAUUUUCUUCUCGUACGUAGUAUAGCGUUUUCGCAUCAAAAUGUGUCCUUCACACCAGCCUAUUUAUUUCUUUAUCUAUUUAUUUGUUUGUUUGCCUGACGAUGGGUGUUUCCAGCCAUAGAUAAUGAUUUCAGAUUUUUGCUGUUGUUUUCUGUCCAACAUGAAGCGCUAACGGC